AAGAGCAGAGUGUGAGUGGGGGAGCUCCGUUUUCUCUCAUUUUUUCUGCAAGAAAAUUUUCUCCGGUCGUCUCUUUUCACUGUUUCUCGCUUUCACCCACGAACCAAACCAAUUUCUCUGUUCCAGCCACCCCAAUCUAAUAUAAGAUUGCAACGAAUUACAAUUGAACCAAUUGACACAACGAUGGAUAUGGACUUGCGUGAUAAGCGGACUCGUUUUCAAGUGAAUCGAGUAGACUCUUCUACGGUCAACUCUAAUGGUCACUCGCCUGUGCCAAGUCGUGUGGGUGGUGCUGCUGGAGAAGCGACUUUAGUUGGCUACACUCCUGAUGAUGCAGAUAGAAAUGGAAGGUUGUCCCCAUUGGAUGAAAGUUGUGCUUCCCCAGCGAUGCUCAUUUCCCCGACGCAUCAUCGCCAAUCUGUCGGUGACCAGGCCCACUUCACCCUCAGUGGCAACUAUGAUACGAAAUAUGCUAAAAGUUUUCGUCACUUGACGAGAGAAGCCCUCCCAUCACUUGACAACUAUCGAAACAUGAUGUCCAUCCAGGCUGCUUACCGUCCUACGUUGGACGAACUACAUGAUUUGGAUUUUGAAGGAAAGGAUCAACCCCAAGAAGGAGUCACGAAGGGGGAUGCUCCUGAAUCCGCCGUAAAAUUCGGUUGGGUGAAAGGCGUGUUUGUGCGGUGUUUGCUGAAUAUCUGGGGAGUUAUGCUUUUUCUUCGGUUAUCUUGGGUGACGGGCCAAGCUGGAAUCGUUCAAACCUGGGUCAUUAUUGGACUAGCUGGAGUGGUUACAGGGAUCACUGGUCUUUCCAUGUCGGCCAUCAGCACAAAUGGACAAAUUAAGGGAGGGGGGACCUACUUCAUGUUAUCGAGAUCGUUGGGGCCGGAGUUUGGAGGUAGCAUUGGAUUUAUCUUUGCGGUGGCAAAUGCGGUCGCGGCGGCCAUGUACGUUGUUGGUUUUGCCGAGUCGAUGGUCGAUCUUCUAAAGAGCUUUAGAACAUACGUAGUCCUGGAUGACACAAACAGUGUGCGAAUCAUCGGAAGUGUGGCAAUCGUUGUGCUAACUUGUGUUGUAGUUGUUGGAAUGGAGUGGGAGGCGACAGCACAAGUUGGGUUGCUAAUCAUUCUGUUAGCAGCGAUGGUAGACUUUGUGAUUGGAAGUUUCAUUGGACCAAUAUCUGACGAGGAAUUCAGCAAAGGCUUCGUUGGAUAUAAUGGUUCGCUAUUCGUGGAGAACUUGGCCCCUGAUUACAGACUCACAAACGAAGGCCAGCAAACCUUUUUUUCCGUGUUUUCGAUAUUUUUUCCUGCGGCCACUGGGAUCUUAGCUGGAGCAAAUAUCUCCGGAGAUUUGGCAGACCCACAGCACAGUAUACCUCUUGGAACGCUCUUGGCGAUUGUUGUGACCACGAUAUCAUACCUUGCCUUUGCCUCGAUAGCUGGGGCAUGUGUUUUGCGCGAAGCCACAGGCAACUUUACUGUCCCUGAAUACCUUGUUAAUGGGUCAAGAGAAGAUCGUUGGUCUUACAUUUCCUCGGGAUUUCACCUGUGCCAGACAAAUAAGUUUAAUGGUACUAUUUAUUUGGGUAACGCCACGGACGCAGAAUGUCAAUGGGGUUUGUUGAAUAGCUUUCAGGUCAUGGAGUUGGUCAGCAUAUCGGGGGGAUUAAUCUAUGCAGGUUGUUUUGCUGCUACCCUCAGUUCUGCCUUGUCAAGUUUGGUUUCUGCUCCGAAGGUCUUUCAGGCGUUAUGCAACGAUAAGCUUUAUCCAUACCUUGAAUUUUUUGGGAAAGGACAAGGGAAAUCGAAUGAGCCAAUAAGAGGAUACGUUCUUACAUUUGUCGUUGCCCUCGCGUUUAUCUUGAUUGCUCAGCUGAAUGUUAUAGCACCGUUGAUCUCAAACUUCUUCCUUGCUGCCUACGCCCUGGUGAAUUUUAGUUGUUUUAACGCCUCCUUAAUCAAGCCCGUAGGUUGGAGACCUACUUUUAAGUAUUACAACUUGUGGCUAAGUUUGGUCGGCGGAUUAUUGUGCGUUGCAGUGAUGUUUUUAAUUUCGUGGCAGACCGCAAUAUUGACUAUUGGAGCUGUGGCGUUUCUUUAUUUGAUCGUCGUUUACCGUAAACCCGACGUUAACUGGGGUUCGUCCACACAAGCACAAACGUAUAAGACGGCGUUAUCUUCAGUUCACCAAUUGAACAAUGUCCAAGAACAUGUGAAAAAUUACAGACCACAAAUUCUUGUUCUCUCGGGGCAUCCAAGUUUCAGACCAAGUCUGGUGGACUUUGGUUACUUGAUUACAAAACAAAUUUCAUUGCUAAUGUGUGGGCAAAUAGUUAAGAGGCCAUUAGAUAAUCGACAAAGAAAAGCUCUAAUUGACAAGGCGCAAAAUUGGUUUACUUUGAAUAAAUUGAAAGUGUUCUUCAACUUGGUGGAUGACAUGAGCUUUCAAGAAGGUUCAAAAGCACUGCUUCAAGCGUCAGGCGUCGGCAAACUGCGCCCAAACAUACUAUUAAUGGGCUUCAAAAAUAACUGGAACACUUGCAAUUUUGAGGAGUUGAAUGAAUAUUUCCGAACUAUUCACAAGGCGAUGGACAUGCACUUGGCCGUGACCAUUCUACGAAUUGGUAAUGGGAUGGACUUUAGUAAGAGCGUCAUUUUCGGCGAAGACAUUCCAGCGUCAACAAUGCAAGCAGAAAAUAAAAGUGGGUCCUCGGAUGAAUGUCUGCCUCGUAACCAGUCAUUGUCCCAAAUGUCCCAUGAGUUAGGAAGGUAUCUCACUAUUGGGGUUAGGAAUUUAAUGCGAGCAAGCAGUGGCGAGCUUGGAAGUUGUGAAGCCACAAGUACCCUAGCAAAAACAGAAAAUAAGGACACACUGUCUCCGAAACUGUCUCCGAAAAAUGAUCCGCGAAUAUUCUACCGGAAUGUACAUGGGGGUAAAAUUCCUCGCGACAUCAUGGAAAGUAUAACUAGGUUUCGGAAACAACGGAAAGACGGUGUAAUUGAUGUUUGGUGGUUAUACGAUGACGGUGGUCUUACUCUCCUUCUUCCACACAUAAUCAACACUAGACCAAACUUUGCAUCAUGCAAACUUCGAGUGUUUGCACUUGCAAAUAGAAAAGACGAAUUUGAUGCUGAACACAGAAGCAUGGCAGGACUACUAGCGAAAUUCCGCAUUGACUAUUCCGACCUGAAAAUUGUGACUGACUACACAAUGAAGCCUCACGAUACCACUCGAGCGCUGUUUGAGAGUAUUAUUGCCCCAUACCGAAGAAAAGAAAAACUCCCUGGUGAAGAUGAUGGUUGUAUCAUAACUGAUACUGAUUUGAUCACGUCAAAAGAUAAAUGCAACAGGUAUAUGAGAUUGCGUGAUUUGCUACAAGAAACGUCUCGGUGUUCAGAUUUGGUGGUAAUGACGCUACCGAUGCCAAGAAAAGGAGUAAUUCCAGCCCCACUUUUUAUGUCGUGGCUCGACAUAUUGACCCAUGAUAUGCCACCAUUUCUUUUGGUUCGAGGAAACCAGACGCCGGUCCUCACCUUCUACUCUUAAAUGUUCUUUUACCCGGUUUUAGAUUUUAGUUGAAUGUAUUAUAUAAUUACUGUUGUGAGGACAUGCUUAAAGUUUUACGUAUCAUUAGGUUACAAAUUGUACAUAUCUUUUUAAUGUAAUUUACUCUGCAAAAAGCAAGACCUAAGAUCAAAUUAUUAUUGUCAAUUUAUGUUUAUAUUUUCUUUGUGAUCUUUCUAAAUAUUAUCGGUGAUGAAAUAUAUGUAACUUUUUAUUGUUUGAUCGUCAGUCGAACUAUUUACAAAUUAAAUUGUAAGCUAUAUUUCCGGAGUGCGUUAAGAAACCGACCAUACAACACCAUACGAGUUUGAGUACCUGUCUACAUAUUUUAGAGACUGAAAUCGUACCUUACUUACAUAUUUAGAAGCAUGCACUGUACAUAAGUGCAGAGUUGUAUAUUAACUAAAAGUUAAGUCUGUUCUACUAGUUAUGAAUAAUGAAUAAGGAUACGGAAAUUUUUUUGAAUCUCAAAAUCCUAUUUUUUAACAAAAAAAGAUUUACGUACUAAUAAAAUAUUAACACAGAUAAGUACAUUCAUAAUUCUCAAAGCUUUAUGUAUUUUCAUAAAAACAAUCCUUCUACAAAUAGUGACCUACAUAAUGCAUGAAUCUAUUUGACUUGAGUUUUAUCAGACUUUAUAAACAAUAACUCUCUGAAAACUUGUUCAAUUUCGAUGAAAAAACACUGGAUAAGACAACUGGUAAAUUUGAUAUAAAGGCAACUCCGCAAUCAUGCUAGAUAUCUCGUCCUAUAUACUUUUUUCCAAAUGAAACACAAGAUAGGCUCAAAUAUUUGCUGCACAAAAUAAAUUCGCCGUAUCGUUAUCUUCAUUCUUUCUCAUCCUGUUUUGGGAAUAAAACGGAUGAAAUAUCCAUAUUCAGUUCAUUCCUAUACAGUUCACGAUCUCCGAUUUGCAUAAUUUCAUAUCUACAAAAAAAUGGUGGUCAAACUAGCCCUAGUUCUUCUCGUCGUCCUUCACGUUUCUCAAGGGGACGCUGAAUUCUACGCCAACGGUACAGACCAUCAUGUCGGCAAACAUCACGAAGCCGCGUUUCCAGGAGGAGGGAUGUGCUCCGAGUGUUCUUCUGCCCAAACUUGUUGCAUCGUCGACACUUCUCGCUAUUCCUGCUGUGGAUCUUCGAAAGGUUUUGUUUGCUGCGAUGGAGGGAUGACCUGCUGUCCCCCCGGUUACCGAUGUUCUGGAGCUUACUGCGUCAAGUCCUCGCUCACCAUGACGGGUAGUGGAAGUGGCUCAUUUGCACCGUCUGUCACCCUGGUGGCUAGCAUUUUUCUACGAAAUGUUCUACCACGAUUUUAAAAGGAGGAACUGUUCCUCAUGAACACGUCGAGAAAUUAUGUUGAGUAAACCUUCAGAAUUAGAAAUAAUAUCUAUAUUUCAAAAGUGAAUAUUUAAUUUUGAUAUUUCUAUUAUUUCAUAUAAAAUUUCUGCUGUCGUUUUACAUACUUUUAAGAAAAAUAUAUAUUUAAAAAUGUAUUUAUAUUACGAAAUGCAUAUUUCUUGAAGUCAAUAAAUUGAUAUUCUAACAAUAAGAAACA